AUGCUCCUUCAAUCCGUUUCAAGUUUCCUUCAUGAACACUAUGUUCCUGUCAUAUUCAUAUCGGUUUUGCUGGUCUUCGUCUCUCGGGCAUAUUGCCAACUCUUCAUCAACCCUCUCAGCAAAUACCCCGGGCCAACGUUUGCAGCUAUAUCACGGAUACCUCAGCUCUAUCAUACGUUCAAAGGCGACCUUAUUGAAUGGGUCAAUGGACUACACGCCACACACGGCGACGUUGUCCGUGUCGCCCCAGACGAGCUAAGCUACGCAACUGGCGAGGCAUGGAAGGCAAUCUACGGGCAUGCCUCUCCAGGAAAACCAGUUACGGAGAAGGACGCUCGAUUCUACAGCCCAUCAUUCAACGGAGCCCCAGAUAUCAUUCGGGGAAACGGACCCGAUCACGCCCGUUUCCGCCGCAACUUCUCGCACGCCUUUUCUGAUCGCGCGCUUCGAGAACAGCAGCCUUUGAUCUGCGGAUAUGUGGACAUCUUAGUGGACAGCCUCCACAGGCUAAUCGGGGAGGACCCCAAGGUCAAAAUCAAUAUGGCCCGCAUGCUGAACUUGACUACUUUUGACAUCAUGGGCGAUUUGACCUUUGGUGACUCCUUGGACCUGUUGACUGGAGCUGGCAACAUGAAUUGGGUGUCCGCGGUUUUCGUCAGUAUGAAGACCAACGCGCUGCGCAGACUGGCACGCUAUGUUCCUUGGACCGCGCCCAUUGCCCAGAGGCUUAUUCCAAAGGAGCUGAAGGAACAGAGUAUCGCUCACUAUAGGGCGUCCCAGGAGCGCGUUGACACAAGAAUUAACAACAACCAUGUACUCCAAAAGCCUGACAUCUGGGGUAUUGUAAUGGGCCAAAAGGAGGACCUCCGUCUCAGCCGCAUGGAGAUGUAUGCCAACUCCCAGGUUUUUAUGGUUGCAGGCACCGAGACUACUGCAACUGCGCUCAGUGGCUUGCUCUAUCAGCUCUUAAUGGCACCUGAAAAGAUGGAGGCAAUUGUAAAGGAAGUUCGUGGGACAUUUGAGAAAGACUCUGAUAUUGACAUGAGAGCCCUGGAGCAUAUGACCUAUCUCAAUGCAUGCAUUGAGGAAGGGUUGCGUAUCUACCCCCCGGUUCCAGUUGGUCUGCCUCGCGUGGCCCCCGAUGAGGGAUUGUUUGUCUGUGGCAAUCGUAUUCCAGGAAAGACCGCCCUUUCAGUUAACCACUGGGCUACCUAUCACAGUGCUCAGAACUUCAGGCUGCCAAAUCAGUUCAUCCCUGAGCGUUGGAUUGGCGAUGAGUUUUCUACUGAUAACAAGGCUGCCUUCCAACCAUUCUCGUUCGGCCCUCGUAACUGCCUUGGAAAGAACCUGGCAUACCACGAAAUGCGUCUCAUUUUGGCCAAGAUGCUGUAUAACUUUGAGUUUUCUCUUCUCCCUGAGUCCAUUGGUUGGGAAAAACAGAAAACCUUCUUUCUGUGGGAGAAGAACGAUUUGAUGGUCCAGCUGAAGGCGAGAGAAUAA